AUGGCGAGUUCCUCUUCACUCCGGGAGUUUCUAGACAAACUUAACGACGAUUACGUGUCUUGUGCGAUCUGCCUGGAACAGUGCAAGAAACCAAAGAUAUUGCCAUGCCUACAUACAUUCUGUGAAGACUGUUUGGAACAGCUGGUUGAGCAAACACACGCACGACGUUUUCGCUGCCCUACUUGUAAAAGUAUGUGUACUUCUUGUAUCGGAAGCCUUAAGGGGAACCAUUUCAUGGUAUCUCUUAUCGACCUCGUCAAUGAAAACAGGGAGAAAGAGGCUGUUGUUCUAUGUGAUGUGUGUGCUACAAACGCAGCCAACCACAUAUGUGUUGAUUGCUCCAAAGAUCUCUGUGAAACUUGCAUUAACGAGCAUCGAACAACUCUUAGUCAUCAGGUAUUGACGCUACAAGAGUGUACUGAACUGAAAGUUGAGAAAGAGGUGAGCUGGUAUUCGAUUUUAGACCAUUGUUUAAAACACACUAACAACAGGUUGGAUUAUUUUUGCGAAUCAUGUAAUGUUGAUAUAUGUUUCGAAUGUACCAUAAUUGACCACCGUGUACCCCAACACGUACAUCGGUACGCUGAACAUAAGUCACAGUCACGAGACGAUGACGACAUAGCACAUGAAACGUUCAACGCACUGAAAAGGAAAGAUUGUAUGGAUGAUAAUUCCAGCGUUGUCAACAGCAAUCCUAUUAAAACUCGCAAAAUGGCCCAUAAAGAAAUAAACCAACGCCAAUUUGUGUGGGUUUCGAAGUGCGGCAUAGGCAGUAUUCCAAGGCGGCUUUUGAAAGGGGACACUGCGAACAUUAUCAUAACUACUCGCAAUAAGCAUGGCAUUCCUGUCAUGUCGCGUCAACAAAUUAUAGUUAAGGUAGUAAAACCCGAUGGAUCUAACUGCGAUGGCGUGCUUAUUGAUAACCACGAUGGCACAUAUACGGUACCUGUACGCGGGGAAAUUGGUGGUAAAUAUGUGGUAACUAUGACGAUAAGGGAUCAACACAUUCCUGGGACACCUGUCAAAAUAGUCGUUGAUCAAUCUGUGGUGAUGAAGAUCGGUAAACAAGGUCAUGGAAAUAAAGAGUUUUAUUUUCCAAAUCAGAUUGUUGUAAACCGAAAGGGCGACUUUGCGAUAGCCGAUACCGACAACGGCCGAUUACAGAUCGUGAGUCAAACAGGCAGAUAUAAAAAAACUAUUUUACUUCCGCAAUCUAUGAAGCCAACAGCUAUAGCUAUGUCCAAUGGUGACAAAUACUUCACCACUGAUGCAAGUAAUAAUGAGGUCGUUGUUCUAGGCAACAACGGGGUCAUCCUGAAGUCAUUCGGAAAUGAUCGGCUCGCAUUCCCCCUCGGUAUAGCGAUCAGCCCACAAAAUAGCGAUGUGUACGUAACCAACAGUGGAUGUGGCACCAUCGAAAUCUACACACAGGAAGGGGAUUUUGUUCGUUCAUUUGGUUCCCGUGGGAAUUUGGGCGGGCAGUUUAGUUGCCCAUACUCGAUAGCUUUUGACAGUCAUGGGGUAGCAUAUGUUUCGGAUUCGUAUAAUCACCGUAUUCAGGUAUUCAGUUCUGAUUCGCGAUUCCUUUACACCUUCGGGUCAAUCGGCAAAAAUGAUGGGCAGUUCUAUUAUCCAAGAGGCGUUGCCAUUGACAACGAUCGGUAUGUUUAUGUCACUGACCAGGAAAACAGGUUACAGAAGUUUGAUUCGACUGGCAGAUUUAUUCGCCGGAUUGAUAAUGUCAACGACCAUGGCUUGAACAUGCCUACAGGUAUUGCCUUUAUCGGGAACAGUCCAAUGAAAAUAAUUGUGGUGGAUACGAACAAUCAUUGCAUUAAAAUAUUCGUACCCUAA